AUGACACAGCAAAUAACUAGGCAGCAAGUAGAAGCGAACAAUGAUAGAAAAUCCUGCUGGGUAAUUGUAAAAGGAAAGAUUUACGACAUCACCUCUUUUCUAGUUGAUCAUCCUGGUGGAGAUGAGCUCCUUUUGCAAUUCGCAGGUACCGAUGUGACAAAUAUCUUGGACGAUAACAGCUAUCACAUCCACUCAAGUGCCGCCUAUGAGCUUUUAGAGGAGCAUUAUAAGGGUGAACUUGCGCAGUCAUAUGUUAAAGUUGACGAGGCUGUAGAAAAGCUGUCAACAGCAGCAACGGUGGAGAAAUUAGGAAGCAACCGAGAUAAAGAAUUUUUAGACCUUCACAAACCUUUGUUCCCUCAGCUCGUAAAUGCAAGUUAUUCGAAGGCGUUUUAUUUAGAACAAGUACACAAACCACGUUAUACUCCCUAUUGUGUGCCUUAUUUCAGCAACCCUACAAUGGAUAUGCUUUCGAAAACUCAAUGGUACAUCGUGCCUAUUGUAUGGCUGCCCUUUGUCUGCUACCAACUUUAUACAUCAUUAUACCAGUGUAUGGCUGCAUCGAUCAGUACAACACUAACAGGAUUUUUAGCGGGCAUUCUUUUCUGGACUCUCUUUGAAUACACAUUGCAUAGGUUUUUGUUUCAUUUAGAUGAUUUGCUACCGGAUCAUCCAUAUGCACUUCUACUACAUUUCACAUUACAUGGAAUUCAUCAUCACAUGCCCAUGGAUAGAUUACGGUUAGUGAUGCCACCCGCUCUGACAGCAUUAUUGAGUAUUCCAGUCUUCAAACUAGCGCACAGUUUGUUUUAUCCAGCAUUCGCCUACGCGUUCGUUGCAGGGGCAUUCUUUGGCUAUGUCUGCUAUGAUAUGAUCCACUAUUAUUUACAUCAUGCCAAAGUGAUUGAAGUGUAUUUCAAAGAAAUGAAGCGUUAUCAUGUUGCACACCAUUACAAAGAUUUCAACAAUGGAUUCGGAAUCACCUCAAAAUUAUGGGAUUAUAUAUUUGGUACAGUUCUAGAAUACGACAAAAAAUAGUUUAGAUCUACUGUACUUAAUGUUCACGAAGCUCCUCUGUGAGAAUUUCGCCUCAUUACUAGGCUUUUAUUAUGAUACCAUCUCUUUCCUUUUCUCUUUUGACUAUACAUUAUUAAAAAAAUUGUUGCAUUGUGUUUCAUAUCAUAAAACUUUGAUUUUCUACUGAAUUGCUCUUUUAAUGUGCCUAUGUCGACUUUAUACCGUUUAUAUUAAUUGAUGAAGUCACGAAAAGCACUAUAGCAUAUUAGCAGUAAGACCGAGAAAACGCGUGAUGUGGUGUUCUUGAAAUCCAAUAAGAAGAAGCAAUUGUAAUC